CCUAAAUUGGAUUCAAUCCAAACUCAACGCAAAACCAUUAAAAAUAAACACGAGUCCAUUUGAGUUCGAUCCAAUACAGGUAAUGAGAUUACCACUGAUCUUUAACCUGAAGGUUGCAGAUUCCGUUCAAUACCACCUAACAAUUAAUAAAAACAUAAACAUAGCAACCUUAUAACAGAGCCAAGCUAGCUACAUCCUGGAGUUCAGGUCUUCUCAACACAGCUGUGUACAGAAACAAAGACAUUGGGUCUAUCGACCCAGAGGAGAACAAAGAACAAGUCUUUUAAACAACAUUUAGUGGCCGGCGAAGAUAACCAAAAUCUUAUAACAAUUACUAAUAAAUUAAACCACUUCCAAACCCAUAUAAUUACUUAAUUAAUGAUUGUCUUGAAGCUUAAUUACAGCUCUUUCCUCUGUUUGCCUGUUCUGUAGCCCUUCCCCUGUUCCCCACACCUUUCACCAUCAAACCCUAAUACAAAACCAAUAAUCAUCAUAUUAACAGUUGUAUCCAAAAACCAAUGUGCCCAUUCAUAUAUAUAUAUAAAUUCCCUUCCUUGAUCUCCACCCACAUUUCAUUUCAUUUCCAUUACCUCCUCUGCGGGAGCCGAUCACACCAGAGAAGCCGGCCGGGAAAAGGGUAGAUUAAUGGAGUUGUCGAUUUCCAGUCAAAGAUUGUUUAGGGAGAAAUCCGAGAUCAAGCGGGAAAAGGUUGAUGAUGAGGAUGAUGAUGGCGAUGAUCGACCGUGUCUUCAGUUGUUCGGCGAGAGAGUAGUGGCGAUGACCAAAGAUUAUAGCAACGAGGAAACAGAGGUAAGACGAAACAGGGCAGCGAGUUUAAGGUUGAGAGAGCCAUCAUCGGUACCGACGCCGGCAGCAGAUGCCGGUGAUGGUGACGAUGAUGACGACGAUCCCCGCCGCCGUUGUGGCGGGGGAAUGCGGAUGAUAAGCAGUUACCAUCAAGGUUUGACUCAUUUCCGGCUGGGUGGCGCCGCCGCCGCCGCCGGCCACCAGCAGCGGCGCUCUUCCCUUCUUGAAAGCCAGAUGCUUCCCGGGAUGAGUGCUACUGCAACGGCCAGCGGGGAACGGCAGUUUUCAUCCCCUGCGCCAAAACAACUGACAAUGUUCUAUGCUGGAAUGGUGAAUGUUUUCGACAACAUUCCGGCGGAGAAGGUGGAAGCCAUUGUUCUGCUAGCUCGGGAGAGCUGCUCGUCCAAGGCAAGAGGAGUGCUGCCCAAGUUAGACACGAUGAAGAAGAUGCAAGCUCAGGUUACUCCUCCUCGGCCGAAAUUUGCAGGAGGAGGAUGCAAGCUCCAAGCCGACCUGCAGCAGCUUCCAGUUGCCAGGAAGAUAUCACUGCAACACUUCAUGGAGAAGAGACGCCUCAGGAUAACGAGCAAGUCUCCAUAUUUUGCUUCCUACACAGAGCAGCACCAAAGCGGUUUAAGAACGAGUGGUACUCAAGAUCAUGAAGAAGAAGAAGAACAUAGGAGGAGUGAUGAUAGUAUUCGCUCGGAUGAAGAUCGUCAUAAGACUUCACUUUCGCCGUUUCCUGCUCGUUCAGGGUAUUUUUUGUCAUCGGCAAACAAGCGCUAAGACAGACAGUUGAACAAGUUGAGAAAAAUAGCAGUGAGUGUUUGCAAUCUGAGCCAAAGCUUUGCGUUGAGAGGAAGUAGAAAGGGAUUAUAUUGAGAUGAGGGUGACCAAAACCUUUGAUAAUGAAUAUCGAUCAUUGAUGUUUCUCUGACUAAAUCUACGUGGAUAAAUGCCUUGUUAAUCCUUUUAGCUUAAGCCUGGUAAUUGGCAGUUAGCACAAGAAUAAAUUGCCUUGUUAUAGCCAAACAUACAUAACAACCAUGACUUUAGCAGUAGGCUGCGAAUGAGCCGAGCUGCUCGGGAGCGGCUGGGUGUUCGACUCGAUAAAAAGCUCGUUUGAAAAGUCGGUUCGUUAAUAAACGAGCCAAACAUGAGCUGAGCUUUUGUUCAGCUCGUGAAGCUCGCAAGCCAGCUCGACUCGGUGGCUUGUUGAGCUUAAACUCGUGAGCUGGUUCGUUUAGAGCUCUCAUGAUAAGUCUCAACAAUGUGGCU